AAGAGGUCAUAGGUCACCAUGGAAUGUCUUCUCAGACAGCAACGAUGGUGUAGCUCAUACUGAAGUCAAAAUAUCACCGCGUAGUGGAAAUUCUGUUCGUUUGCCUGUUGCUAGACUUCUGUAAGAAGUAGCUAGGAUGUUCUAGUGCACGUUUUGGCAGUGUUUUAGAACGUGACAUUAUGGUAAGCUUAAAAGCAGGCUGGGCGUUGGCGGCAGCGCUCUGUAUUUUUCUUGUGUUGGCUGAAUGCGAAAGUGAGGGAUUACACCGCAAACGUGAUGGCGAGAUCGCGGGUUUCAAUGUAGUCAUCGCUGGAAGAUUAGGUUCCAGGAACCAGGUCACGGAACGCAGAGUCAGACGACAAGAUGACGUAAGCGACACUGUCGACGUCUAUUGGCUGCACGUCGACUCCCGCGUGACGUCACGAUUCGCCACUGUAACGGUGGAAAGUAAGCUGGCCAAUCGCAGGGACCGAGGCCGGGAGGCAGUCUUCACUAUGCAGCUACCAGAGACCGCGUUUAUCUCCAACUUUUCUAUGGUGAUCAGCAACACCCUGUACGUGGGGACUGUGAUGAAGAAGGGGGCGGCGAGAGAAGCGUACGACGCCGCCGUCGAGGCCGGAGAAAGCGCCGGGCACGUCGCACAAGAAAGUCCGAGAGGUCGCGAAGAGUUCCGGAUCUCCAUCAACGUGGGUGCAGAGGAGAAGGUCACGUUUCAGCUCACCUACCAGGAGUUCCUUGUGCGCAGACUCGGCAUCUACGAGCACGUCAUCAGUAUCAGACCAGAACAGAUCAUACCAGACAUGCGCAUUAGCGUGGAUCUACGCGAGUCCCAGGGCUUCAGCUUUCUGCGCGUGCCCGACAUCAGGACCUCGGACCUGCUGACGGACCAAUCAACAGACGAGUUGUCCAGUGCGACUGUGUCACGUGCGAGUCCUGAACAUUACACCGUCACAUACUCGCCGUCCGAGCAAGAACAGGCCGCCAUGUCUACCCAGGGCAUCAUGGGAGAUUUCGUCGUGCAGUAUGACGUCAUUCGCCAGCAACAGAUCGGGUUCAUUCAAGUAUACGGGGACUACUUUGUACACUACUUCGCACCGACCGGUUUACCAGUCAUGCCCAAGAAUGUGAUCUUUGUGAUUGACGUCAGUGGAUCCAUGAGCGGGGACAAGAUACGUCAGACUAAGGAGGCCAUGACAGUCAUCUUGGAUGAGCUUCGAGAAAUGGACUUCUUCAACAUCGUGACGUUCUCUAGCCGCACCAAGCGGUGGAAGUCGGAACUGCAGGUGGCAAAUCAGGAAAAUAUCAGGGCCGCUGACACUUACGUUACCAGCAUGGCAGCACAUGGAGGAACGAACAUCAACGACGCCAUCCUGGAAGCCUCUGUCCUGUUGGACCCAGAGCUCCGUUCCCGCCAUGACAGUCAUGCCUCCAUGAUAGUUUUACUGACGGACGGCCAACCCACGGGUGGUGUGACGAACACCAAUCACAUCAUCGCAAACGCACGUGACUCCCUGGCGGGAAACCACGCCCUCUUCUGUCUCGGUUUCGGAUACGACGUCUCGUUCGAAUUCCUGGAAAGACUUGCACUGCAAAAUGGAGGGUUCGCCAGACGAAUCUAUCCAGACGACGAUGGUGAACUCCAACUGACGAGCUUCUUUGACGAGGUGGCCAAACCCCUGAUGAUAGACGUCAACAUGGGGUACAGCCAAGCAGGCAACCCCGCACUUCAGGUUGCCGACGUCACGCAGACGGCCUUUUCAAACUACUUUAACGGCUCUGAGGUAGUGGUUGCCGGGCGUUUCCCUGGAGCCCCGCCUAGCAACCUCCACGUGACUGUGACGGGGAAUGGAGCACAGGAUGCGCUUUCAUUGGUGGAGGAUUUUCAGUUAGCCUCACUGGCCGCGCCUGAGGGGUUCGUGGAGCGCCUUUGGGCCUACCUCACCAUCAAAGACCUACUGAAGAAAGAGCGUACUGCGACAGAAGAGGAACAACAAAACAAACUGAAGGAACGCGCUCUUAACAUGUCCUUAGAGUACAACUUUGUCACCCCUCUCACGUCUAUGGUUGUUCUUCAGAACAAAAGAAGGGGGCGCCCUACUAACAAAAUGUUCGAUGAUUUGGUUCAAUCCUUUGGUUCUCCUGGAAGUGGUUUUGGUUCUUAUGGAAGUGGUGCGACCAGUUGCAGGCCGUGGCCAUUUUGGGUCGUCGCGUCAGCUAUUGUCUAUGCUUUGUUACCUCCGUAAGACGGGGGUAUUGUUUUCGGUGUGUUUGUUUGUGUUGGUGCCUGUCCGUAGUUUCUUGAAUGAAUAUUGUAGAGUGGCAGGAUGUGCGGCGGAAAAUGGUGUAGCCGGAGAUUGGCAGGAUGGGAAGGUUAGCCGGGUUCAAAGUUGCCAGGCACGUUUGGGACAGGAAGUCAGGUCGAAGGUCCCAGAAUAGGUUCUUAUUUCCUGCCUUGAAUUCCCUACUAUCGGCAAGUCCGUUGCCUGAUAUUUUGCUAAUGAGAAAACGUCGAGACAGAAACAGCGAGAAAUUAACAAUAUUGAUGAUAUUGAUGAUGCACAAACUCAGAUGACCUUUCAUGCUAAUAUUGAUAGUAAGGAAUAAACCAAGAAAUUCACACAAAAAUUAUAUUUCACGCUUACCUAGUAUAUUGUAACAGUGAGGAUAGAUAGAGUACUGUACUUGUCGGAUAAAUCCAAACCACAUGUGAAGUUAGUUAUGUAAGGAGGUUCAGCCCAUAUUUAGAAGUAGAUCAUGUGAUCAAACCAUAUUAAGAACAAACUGGAAAUAGCAACCAAUAGUAGACUAGCUUUUGAGAAUAGUUAAGCGUGGGGCAAGAUUCAAACUGUCUCAGUUAGCAGCCAUGGGUUGAGGUAAGCAGACAUCCAUCUUGUAGCUCCAUUGUAGUAACUGUGUACAUGUAGUAUAGCCGUAUCUCUGUGUUAACCGUAAUCAUAACCAGACCAUUGUAUAGGCCAUUGUAUUUAGCCUGGUAUAUUGUAGUUUGCAUUGUGGUUCAAGUAUAGCAAGACAUACAACACGACACUUACGAGCACAAUCGAAUCUGGCUUGGCGUCCUUCUAUAUAUAUAACUUAUAUAUAUAUAUAUGGAUGACUAAAUAGGGUAGGAAUUAAACUCAACAGACAAGCUCUUUGUGUGUUGGUUGGUUUGUUCUUUUUAAUAAGUUUGUCACAACACCUAGCACCUACAGGCACUCAUGCAAUUUUGAAAAAAAAAAGAGAAAAAUGAUUGAAUAAGAAAUGGUAACAGUGACUCGAAAAUUAAUUUUAUGUAAAGGCAUGUUACAAUCAGGCUGGUAUAAUGUUUUAGACUCUGGUAGACAAAAACGUUGUUCUUUUUUUGGGGGAGUGAAAAAGACAGAGAAAGGCUGACCGGCUGAGGACUCAAGGUGGUGUCUCACUGC